UUCCAAAAACCACAUUCUAUUACACCCCCCCACCCCCGGCGUCGCCCAAUUUACCCUCUCUGCAUCCUCCAUGGAUCACUCCCAGAAGCGAACCGUCACCACCAGACGAGGCUUGAAGCGGAAGCUCGAAGAAGAAUUCAGAGAAGAUGGGCCUGAAAAUGAACCCGAUCUCAAGGUCCCGGCCGUCGAGCCCGGAGACGUUUGCGAAGAUCUGGAAAGUAUGAUUCGCCGCCGAGUCCAAACUCUCCAGUCCACCUUCUCUUCCUCCGAAGCAGAUCGCCUCGCCGCCAAGACUGCCACUCGUGCCAUCGCUUUAGUCGCCAAGAACGAGGAACAUGUGAACCUCGUAGUAGAAUGUGGAGCAGUUCCGGCCCUGGUUAAGCAUCUACAGGCUCCGCCUCCGGAGAGAGGAGGCGAUAACAGUCCGAUUCCGUACACGCAUGAGGUCGAGAAAGACAGUGCCUUUGCGCUCGGGCUUAUUGCCGUUAAGCCGGAGCAUCAGCAACUCAUAGUUGAUGCUGGAGCUUUGCCGCAUCUUGUUGAUCUGUUAAAAAGGCACAAGAGGGACUCAGCACCAGCUGAUGGUGUUAUUAGGAGAGCUGCUAAUGCAAUCGCUAACAUUGCUCAUGAAAAUAGCAGCAUCAAGACCCGUGUCAGGAUUGAAGGUGGAAUCCCUCCUCUUGUUGAGCUACUUAACUUCUUUAACACAAAGGUACAGAUAUCUGCUGCAGGCGCCCUGCGGACCCUUGCAUUUAAAAAUGAUGAAAACAAAAAUCAGAUUGUAGAGUGCAAUGCUCUGCCUACCCUGGUGCUAAUGCUUCGAUCUGAGGAUGCAGCUAUGACGUUUGAAGCGGUUGGAGUAAUUGGUAAUCUUGUCCACUCAUCCGCAAGCAUCAAGAAACUAGUUCUUCUUGCUGGUGCUUUACAACCUGUUAUUGGAUUACUCAGUUCCAUCUGUACGGAGAGUCAAAGAGAAGCUGCUUUAUUACUUGGUCAGUUUGCUGCAGCUGAUUCAGAUUGCAAGGCACAUAUAGUUCAGAGGGGUGCUUUAAAACCAUUAAUUGAGAUGCUUAAAUCACCUGAUGCGCAGGUUAGGGAGAUGUCAGCUUUUGCUCUUGGGAGGUUGGCACAGGACACACAUAACCAAGCUGGCAUUGCUCAUAAUGGUGGUAUAGUGCCUCUUCUCAAGCUUCUUAAUUCAAAAAAUGGAUCUCUACAACACAAUGCUGCAUUUUCUCUGUAUGGUCUUGCAGAUAAUGAGGAUAAUGUUGCAGCUUUAAUUAAGCUUGGAGGUGUUCAGAAACUCCAAGAUGGAGAAUUUGUUGCUCAACAAACUAAGGAUUGUGUGGCAAAGACAUUGAAAAGAUUAGAGGAGAAGAUUUGUGGACAAGUUCUAAAUAAUCUACUAUAUCUGAUGCGGGCUGCAGAGAAGCCUGUUCAAAAACGAGUGGCUUUGGCUCUUGCUUAUCUUUGUAACCCUGGUGAUCAGGAAACCAUUUUUAUUGAUAACAAAGGAUUAGAGUUGCUUUUAGGGCUUCUCGAAUCUCCAAGCCUGAAGGAGAAACAAGAUGGUUCUUUGGCCUUGUACAAAGUGGCUACAAAAGCCACUUCACUCUCCCAUUUGGAUCCAGCUCCUUCAUCACCCACCCAACAGGUGUAUUUGGGUGAAAAAUACGUAAACAAUCCUACACUUUCUGACAUCACAUUCUUAGUUGAAGGUAAACGGUUCUAUGCCCACAGAAUUUGUCUGCUUGCUUCUUCUGAUGCAUUCCGUGCCAUGUUUGACGGUGGUUACAGGGAGAGAGAUGCUAAGGAUGUAGAGAUUCCAAAUAUUAGAUGGGACGUUUUUGAAUUGAUGAUGAGAUUCAUAUACACAGGAUCUGUAGAUGUCAAUUUGGAUAUUGCUCAGGAUCUCCUCAGAGCUGCUGAUCAGUAUCUUUUGGAGGGUCUCAAGCGCCUCUGCGAGCAUGCCAUUGCUCAGAACAUCUACAUCGAAAAUGUUUCACUCAUGUUUGAGUUAUCAGAGGCCUUCAAUGCCAUGUCAUUAAGGCAAGCAUGCAUUCUGUUCAUCUUGGAGCAGUUUGACAAAUUGAUUACCAAACCAUGGUAUCCCGGACUGAUAAAUCGUAUUGUACCAGAGAUCCGCAGAUUUUUUACUAAUGCACUUACAAUGCCUAUCCAGGCAACCUAGCAGCAGGCUUAGAUAGAUGCAUAGCUUAAGCCUAGUUUUUUUUUGUUUUGGUUAUAUCAAGAUUGAAGAGCAAAAAUGUAUAGAAAGUUGUAGCUCAUUUUGUCAAUGUUGAUACUACAGAAGUAACUUCUGCUUAGUCUAAUUCUUUUUUUGUGAUUAUGUAAUGCAAAGUGCGCUUAAGUUUUAGCAGUGUGUUUCAUCAUUAAUUUUCUGUAUUGAUCCUCGGAUUCCGAUUCUUGAAAAUGUUUAGUGAGCUGAAUAUCUGU